GGUUCUUGCUCACUGUCAGUCAUAGGCUUGCCUGUAGUUUCCUGCAGUAGUUUGUGCUUGAAGCUCUGCAAGCAAAUUUUGGAGAAUUUGCAGCUGGUAGUGAUAGCAUGGAGGGUGUAUUACACAAAUGGACCAACUAUUUAAGUGGUUGGCAACCGCGGUACUUUGUGUUGGAUGGCAGCGUGUUCUCCUACUAUGACUCCCAGGAAGAUGUCGGCAAAGGCAGUAAAGGGAGCAUCAAAAUGGCCGUGUGUGAAAUAAAAGUGCAUCUAACAGACAACACAAGGAUGGACCUGAUUAUUCCUGGAGAGCAAUACUUUUACCUCAAGGCCGUGAAUGCAGCUGAGAGACAGAAAUGGUUGGUGGCACUUGGUAGUGCCAAAGCCUGCCUAGCAGAUAGCAAGACCAAGAAGGAGCGAGAAAUCAGUGAAAAUGAGGAUUCUUUGAAAGUCAAGAUGUCUGAGCUUCGACUGUACUGUGACCUACUGAUGCAACAGGUCCAUAAGAUUCAGGAAUCGGCACAGCCAGUCAACACUAGAUCCACUCCUGACAUUGAGAAAAUGAACGAGGCUUCUUCUUUACUUAAAGCCACAUGCAACACCUUUAUAUGUACCCUCGAGGACUGUAUGAAAAUAGCAAGUGUGAGGAUAUCCCCAGAGCUACUUUCACCCCCAGAAUCCGCUGCUACUCAUGUCACUUCCACGCCUCUUCGCAGGGUUAAGCGUUCUGUAAGCCACAGUGGUGUUGUUGCUUUUGACAGGAGUACAGAAAUGAACAGCCCAGAACAGCCUCAGAAGGGUUCCGUUACAGUAAUGAGAAACCUGGAGGAAAUGGCUGCGUAUCGAGCCAGUAAGUGGACAAGACCCCCUGUGGAAAUCAAGAGCCCAGACAAUAAUUACACGGGACAGCCAUCAAAUUUACUCCAGCCUUUACAAAAUGCCCAAGAUGAUUCUGCAAGCAGUGCCAAUGGUGAAUAACGUUACAGGAAACACUUGAUUCUCCAGCACCCCAUAAUCCGCUGAGUGAUACAGAAGGAGCUCAUUGUGACAUGGUCUUAACUUAAAUCAAGGAAACAUAGGGAAAUAAAGUUCUUUCAACUUGGUUGUGGGGGCAGGGUAGAGGAGGGGGAGGUGGAGGAAAGUAAGAACCUGAGAUCAGCUCCUGGCGUAUCAAGAAUGGAAUAUUGCACAUGCACCACUGCUAACUUUCUAAUAUUAAUGCUGAGGUUUCCAUGGACACAUUUGUUCAAAAUGAUGUAUAGCAAACAUUAACAAACCUCUAUAUCUGCUUAAGUGUCCUGCCAGUAUACAGCUUAAUAUUUCAGUGGUAUAGUACAGAUGCACAUGUACAGAACCUAAAUACUGACUUAUUAGUUAAUGUGACAGAGGUUUUUGUCAAGGGUAGGCAUGUAAUGAAGUGUGUUCAUUACCAUCCAUUAUUAUACUGUGAUUUGCUAUCUUUUAUUUUUAAUUCCAGACUUUAUGAAUUCCAGUCCUGUUUUUCUAAUGUAUGAACAUGGCAGAAAUAGUAAGCAAGCUAAUGCAUUUUAUUAUUCUCCCACUCCUUGUCCUCACCUCUUGUGCAGGAAGCAAAAGUACUUUAACAAAUAUUAAAAUACUUGCUUCCAGGAAUUGUUUAAUAGGGGCAUCUACAGUUGCUUCAUUUACGAUUGAAGGUAUACUUGCUCAAACAAAAUCUCCACUGCUUGUCCAAUCAUGUUUACAAUGGGCACUGUUCUUAAAUCUUAAUUGCCUGAAUUACUGAGUUCAGAGCUCGUAUCACGUACAUCAUAAUCACCAAAUAAAGGCACAGCCUGUGAUUACCUGGUUUUGUUGAGGCAUGGUACUAGUAAGUUGUGCCAUCUGCACCUUUGCUCCAAAAUCAGAGCCUCUGACUGUAUCAAAUGUACUAUCUUUCUCAAGGGCAAAUUUAACCCUUUUUUAAAAAAUGAUGUUGCUGGUACAGUAAAUGGCUAUUUUAAAAAGUCGCUUCAUGUCUAUGCUGAUUGAGACAUAUCACCUAAUUUGUUUCCAAGUUUACAUUCUCUCCAGUUAGAGAGGCAGUGAAUCGAAUCAUUUAAUUUCCCCAAAGGUGUGGGGUGAGUCAAUCAUUGUUCUAGCAUCUUUCUUUAUUCUGCUUGAAACCAGCUUCUGCUAACUUGAAGUUGUUUCCUUAAUAAUAACUGUUAUUGCUAUUCCUUUACAUUGUUUUUAGCUGGAAAUAGUACUAGUAAGUUGUGAAGUGUUGAUAAAUUGUCCACAAUAUUUAUAUUUAUGAAAACAUGUAUAUACAAAUUCCAAACUGGAAUCCAUGUUGCCCGAUGUAGAUUUAAAAAAAAGAUUAGUGAUGAGUCAUUGUACUUUUAUUUAGUUUUUACCAGGUAUACGUUAAUGUUUUACUCACUUAACUGUAUUCAGGACUGCAGCCUCAUUGGUAUUUGGGUUGUAUUUGUCCAUAUCCAAUGGGGCUACUUUUGCUGGGGUAACAAUGUCCCUGAACCAUCGGUACUUUAACCUUUACUCACAGUCAACUCAGCUGUUCAAUUUCUACAUGAGGUACAAAAGGAUGAACGUUUUUCUUUGUUGAUCUGUCUUUUAAUCAUGGAAAUAUUAAUUGAAUAUGGACUUGAAAUGCAAGUUCAUUUGAGUAGUGCACACUACUCUAAUUAAAAUGGAACAAAUGAAAAUAGUUUAGUCUGAAGUACCUCGUAUUGUAGUUUUGUAUUUAGACAAUGUGGCAUGCUUUUCCUGCAUCUGUACCUUGUCAAGUCUGAAUGUGCUUUUUACUCCUACUGUUCAGACUGUGCAACUGAAGAUUGAGAAAGUAGAGUGAACAAAAUAGGGACGUGAGAUUUAGGAAAAUUAACAAUUGAAAUUGCAAUUAUUUUCUCAGCUAUUUUAAAGCCAACGUUUUGGGACAUUUUUGUGGCACAAUAUUAAAGUAAGAUUCUUGAAGGGAAAAAGUGGCCAAUAGUAGAUUCACUAGAAUGUUACCUGGGUUUCAGAACCUAAGUUACAGAGAAAGGUUGAACAAGUUAGGUCUUUAUUCUUUGGAGCGUAGAUGGUUGAGGGGGGACUUGAUAGAGGUAUUCAAAAUUAUGAGGGGGUUAGAUAAAGUUGAUGUGGAUAGGCUUUUUCCAUUGAGAGUAGGGGAGUUUCAAACAAGAGGACAUGAGUUGAGAGUUAAGGGGCAAAAGUUUAGGGGUAACACAAGGGGAAACUUCUUUACUCAGAGAGUGGUAGCUGAGUGGAAUGAACUUCCGGUAGAAGUGGUAGAGGCAGGUUUGAUUUUGUCAUUUAAAAAAAAAUUGGAUAGGUAUAUGGACAGGAAUGGAGGGUUAUGGGCUGAGUGCAGGUAGGUGGGACUAGGUGAGAGUAAGUGUUCGGCACAGACUAGAAGGGCCGAGAUGGCCUGUUUCCUUGCUAUAAUUGUUAUAUGCUAUAUAAUUUAAAUAAACUAUUAAAUAAUUUAUUGGCUUUUUCUGUAGUAUCUUGAGUACAAAAUAUUAAUAGUUCCAUGUAUGGGUUUGUUAGGCACAAAUAUCACCAUGAUGUAAGUUCUUAUGUAUGCAAAAAAUGAAUUUGUUUGAAAAUCAAUUCACUGGUGUUGAGAUUCUUUUUGUUUAAACGUAUGACGAUCUUUAGAGUGUAGUAUCUCCUUUUGAUCUUGAAGCAGAUGAGAUUGGUAUUUAAAUAAACAGAUUGAGGAGGUGAAUGAGUGCAUCUGGGAACUCUGCUAUACUAUUUAAAUCUAUUGUAUUUUUCAAGUCUGUUGAAAUAUUAUGAGUGAAAUAGAUUUCCCAUUGAUGUAAAAGAUUUUAUCACUGUGUCCUGUAUCCUUAGUUUUAAGCCAAAUCCUAUGUCUGUACUUAAGAAUAACAAUCAAAAUAGGAGCAGCGGACCUUGUUGCUCAAAGCUGGUCCACGGUUCCAUAAUAUCGUGGCUGAUGCUGUAACUGAACUUAAUUUUUCUACUCUUUUCAUUAAACUAUACCAAUAUUAUCAACA